CCCUGACUCCCAGCCCCGCUUUCCGGUACGGAUUGUUCGUUGCUUCGCGGCUGGGUUCUCCCGCUUCCACUCCUCUUCCCUCUCUUGAAGCAUCCUUCCUGUCCGCCCCAAAACGCUCUCCCUGUGCUCGACGAAAUGCCUGUGCAAUGGUGCCCCUCUUCUGGACCCCAAAUCAUCUCUCCCUUCCUCUCAAAUUGAACCCCUCUCUCAAUCCCUCUCCCGUCUCCGUGCUCCGCCGCGGGUCGAAACUCUCCCGCCCGGCGUUUAGAGUUAGACUCUCGGGGACGAAACAGAAGGCUUGUUUCGGGUUUCUGGGGCCGAUGUGGAGGGGGAGAAGCGAUUCUUGUUGUUGGUGUUAUGGAGGGUCGGCGAGUUCUGGAGGGGACGCGGAGCUGGAGGCGAGAAUCUUGGAGUUCAUGGGGAAUUCUAGGAAGCCAGGAGCGUUCCCGACUAGGAGAGAGUUGGAGGAAGCUGGGAGAUAUGAUCUGGCUGAGGAUAUUUGGAGGCGAGGCGGUUGGUUUUCGCUGGGUUGGGAUUUAGAUGAUGAUAUGAAUGAGAGACUUGAUAUUGAUUUAAAUAUGGAAGAGUUUCUAAGAAGGGUCAACGAUUGUCGAGAUAGUGGAGCUUUUGAGGGCAAUGAAGUGUACUCUCUUGAUUCCCAUGGUUCUUCUGAAUGUGCAUCUUCUUCUGGUAGAUCAUUAGAAAUAGGAGCAGAAGAAGAAAGUGGAAUUGAGGGCAUAUUGCAGCGAUUAGAGAAACACAGACAAUCAUCUCUCCUCAUGUCUUCAGAAAAAUCUGGGAAUGGAAAAUGGGCAUCAAGCAGGGCUGAUGGGAAUGAUAUGAACAUUGUGACCACUGAUGCAGUCAGGUGUAAUCUAGGAGAUACCAGCAUGGCUGCAACUGAUUCAUGGAGAACUUGGAGUACUCGACGUGCUGGCUUUCACGAUACUGAAUUUGAACCGGCUGAAAUUAGUUUUGGUCAAGAUAAAGAAGGUAGAAAAACUUCAAUGGAUGAAACAGCUGUUGUGACUGAAAAGGGUACUGAAAAUUUAUUCAGACAGAGUGGUGUCUAUCACAAUGACAUAAGAGCCCGCAUUCAGCACCUUGAAGCUGAGCUUAAUUCAGCACUUGAGUUCAUGAUGUUCAAGAGUUCACAAAAGGUUAUGAGAGGCUCUUGUAGUAGUAGUGAUGUGCUAAAGCUUUCGGAUGCAUUGGAGUUCCAGGAAAAUCAGUUCAUGAAUGCCCAGGAGAGAUUGCGGUCAAUACGUACAAAGCUAACUAUACUGGAGGGGAAAAUGACCUUGGCAACUAUUGAUGCACAAAAGACAACUGAAAAGAAACAGAGUAGAAUUGACAGUGCUUAUAUAGCUAUGCGGCUUUUGCGUACUACCCAUAUUGUCUGGCCUAAUUCUGCCUCAGAAGUUCUUGUAGCAGGCUCUUUUGACUCCUGGACAUGCCAGGUUUGGUUUUGUUUCACUACAUUUUUAUAAUGAGGAAGCUGCUCUUCUGCUAUAUGCAAAUUGCACAAUUUUAGAGAUGACUGAUAGAGUAGAAUGUAAGAAGCAAGGUUUGUUUUUGUUUGGAUGAUCAAUGAGUGCAAUGUGAUUUAUUCAUGUCAUCAUAUGCCUGCUAUGAUAUCUGGGAAACUGAAAUGGAAAUAUAUUUGGAAGACCAUAGUUGUUUCAAGUUCAUUCCAUCUAAAGAAUAUAGUCUUCAAAAGUAAAAAAAAGGUCCAAGUUUUUUUAUCAGCUUCUGCAAGUUGUUUUUGGCAAGAUAAUAUUGCCCCUUGAUUAGUAGCAUGAAUGAUACCGGAGUAAUAAACAGUUAAAGUGGUGCAGAGGAAGAUGGAGAAAUCAAGUGCUGGAAUUUUUUCCUUGACCUUGCUCUUAUAUCCUGGCAAAUAUGAGAUCAAGUUCAUUGUUGAUGGCAAAUGGAGGGUCGAUCCUUUACGCCCUGUUGUCCAAAACCACGGGCAUGAAAAUAAUCUUCUCGUGAUCAUAUAAACAUAUAAAUAGAAGCAUGUUACAGGAUGGCUCUUGGGAUUGCAGCAACUCUGCAUUGGAUCAGAGUCCAUUCUUUUCUCAGGAUUUGACACAGAAUAGCAACUUUAGCACUGCAUUUUUUGACGAAUUCUUUCUCUACUGAAAGGAACAUGUUUACCACUGAUGAUCUGAAUCAAUUACGGAGUACAUUCUUCAUGUACAUGUGUAUAUACAGGUAGGAAUCCUAGGAUAGAUAGAGGCUUCUUUCAGGCACUGAAGUCUUUACGUAGCGACUGAUACAAUGUCAUCUUCUACAGUAGACUCGGUAGUGGUGUAUGUGUACCCUGUAAGCCCGAGUGGCAUGUAAAAUUUCCUGCUGUUAUCUACAAUGUAAAAACUGAGGCAUUCAGUCAAUACAGAAUUACAGAUUAU